UUAAAGGACCCGUGUGCGCCGUCAUGGCACAAUAUUCAGGACCGAAGCUAUAUCGGAGUAUGAAAACACUGUCUCCUGUUGAAACGAUGGCUACCAACGAUCCUCUGCCUCCAGGAUGGGAGAUUAAAAUUGACCCUCAGACCGGAUGGCCGUUUUUUGUAGAUCACAACAAUCGCAUCACAACAUGGAACGACCCCCGGCACGACAAUAAACGGGGUACUCAUCUUCCCUCCAAUGGUCCAUGUGCAUCUACAGAAACAUCUCCUCAGGACAUGCACAAGUUUUUUUUUCCAGAGAUGAAACAGCCAGUCCUACGUCAAGGCUAUAUCCCCAUCCCGGUCUCCCAUGAAAAUGUUGAACCCAGGCAACAACAAUAUCCAUCAUUCUCUUCUUAUAUGUAUCCAACACACCAGCAAAACCUAAGAGCAGAUGGCCGGACUCCAUCCCCAACUCCCACACUGCACUGUCGACCAAGAUCUCCAGUACAGGCCACGUCAGAGGCCGAUUCCCACUGCCUGUCCUGUUCACCUGCUUCACAUGGACCUGAGGUUCACCAUGUGCACCAUUCACCACAGGGGACACAGUCUCAUACCAACUCUCAUCAUCAGCCUUCUAGACCCAGCAGCACAGGCCUCCGAACAGGCUAUAUUUCCAUUCCUGUCAUUCAUGAGGGGACAGGAGGCAGUGGAAGCCCACAAACCCAAACAGUCCAUCCUAAGCGCUUCUGGCAAACAGAAUACCAACCCUCUUCUCAUAUCCGCCAGCCAGAAGAGUGGAGUCCUAGCCCUGCUUUUCCCACACGAGAAAAAGUCCCAACCUACCGUGAACAAGUGCCCAUCCAGCUCGAGCAGAAUCGCUCAGCUAGUCCUAUCUUACUCCCCAGUGUAAGGGCUCAGGAGCCAGUCAGGGCACAGGUUAUGACUGAGAGGCCACAGGUCCAGCAGCAUGUUGUGCAUACAGAGAUUCCUCCUAAAGUUGAAUAUCCUGUUGAACAUCGUACCACCCACCCCUUUGAGAUUCCUAUUCAGAGAGUGGUUGAACCGCAGCAGCCUGUACCACAUCCCAUAUCACCACUGACACAGCAUCCCAUUCUUGAACCGGAACAGGAAAUACACAGCUCCAUACAACAGCCUGUGCUACAAUCCGAACAAGUGCCACCUCCAGUGCCAGAGACCGCUAAUAUAGGUUCCAUGCCACUUCCCACAACACCAGAACCACAGGAACCAGCAGCUCCACAACCAGAUGUUCAAGUUGAGGAGAAGGUGGAGCCAAACUCAAGUCACCCAGGACUGGCAAAGGUACAGCAAAUAUUGGAGCGGGUGGAGAAACUGGCCCAGGAAGUGAAAGGUUUUUAUGGUAAAAAGAAUGAUAAAAGAUAUCUGACACUGGAGGAAUUUUUGACCAAAGAACUGUUGGCUCUGGACUCGGUUGAUCCAGAGGGACGUGUAGAUGUGCGUCAGGCCCGACGUGACGGUGUCCGCAGAGUACAGACCAUUCUUGAGGAACUGGAGACAGUGAGUGAGAAAUCAGAAGCAGAGUUGAACAUCUGCAGCAAUGAAGCUGAGAAAGGAGAGCCAAGUUUGCUUAAUCAGGCAGACAUGGAGAAGGCUAAGGAGAUAUCAUAACUGCAAACCAAAGCUCUAGCGUGACAGAGACACCAAUCACAUCUUCUCAGUCUGUUAUUGGUUGCAUGCACAAUUAAUAUAAUUGUUCCAUUGGCUGACAGUUAAUAUGUGAUUUGUUUGCUGCGUGGAGUUAUGCGUGCUAUUAUGUGAUGGCGCUCUUGUGGAAUUUUACUGUACAACUGUCUUGUAGCAGGACCAUAGUGGUGACCAUGUCAGUUUCACCCUGAAACUGAGUCUGAAUAAGAGGCCUUUAAUUCAAAUGAAUGUGCUUUAUUUUUGCUUCUACUUAGGAUGAGUAUCCGAUCUUUGCCUUUAGUCUUUUCCACAUAUGAUGAAAAGCUUUUGAAAUUCUAAUAAGAAUACCGAUUGUUUCUUAGAAGCACACUGAUUUUGUUAAAUGAUUUUAUAACAGUGGGCGAAGAAAAACAAUUAAGUAUUAAAAACGGUCAAGGUUUCACAUGAAAAUAAACUCCUUAUAUACCUAUACUUUACAUUUGGAAAACAAAAACUGAUCAGAUAAGUUGUGUUUUGACUAUCAUGUUGUGAUCCUGAUACUUGUCAACAUCAGUAUUAAUGGUUGAAUGAUAUAGAAAACAGUGUUAUAUUUCUAUUCUAUUUUUGUGCCAAAAUGAACAUUUUUACAUAUUUUCCAGUGGUAAAAAUGUCAUCCAUCUCCAUUAAAGUGUAUUCUCUUAAAACACAAAAUAUAAAUGAAUAAUAAAAGACCUGAAAAGUA